GUUAUACAUUUUUGAUGUUUCAUCUAUACCACUUCAAAAUGGUUUUAAAAUGACCUUUCAGGAAAUGGAAUUGAUGUACCAGCUUAUCAAGAUCUUGUUAUGUAACUUCUUAAAAUUAUAGCUUGAUAUUCCCACAAUAAUUACUGCAAAAACCUCAUAUAGCUGCUUUGAUUACUCCCUUUUUUGAUUUCGCUUUCAACAGACUUUUUAGAAGGUACACAGUUUAAUGAUUUGCUCACCAAUAAAUGGGUUUUUGUUCCACUUCUGUUGUUCAAUGGAGUUGGGUUUACAAUACCUGUAUGUUUUCUCACAGGUAUGAUUCCAGAAAUUCCAUUUUAGAGUGGUCCAUACUUCUCAUUGAUAACUCAAACUGCAGUGGAUCUAUGGAGUUUGUUGUCCCUCCAGUAGAUGCAUCAGUCUUUUUCCCGAUUUCUGUGCGUUUUACUGCUGCAAGCACAUUCAGUGAACUAAAGGGUAUGUACGUGCUCAGUAAUGUGGCAUCUGGCAAUGAAUGCCACAAGGAAGCAGUCAUGGACAAACUUUUCCCACAAAUAGGUGACAACAUCCAAUCAAUUAUGAUCAAGCUUUUGCAGAGUAAUGACAGCAGGUUACGCACAGCUUGUGUCUGGACUGUCCUAAAUCUCACCUUUCCAAGUAGUCCUGGUGCACACAGUCGGGUUGCAAAAUUACAGAAUGCCUGCAUAACUUCUCAAUUAAAGGAUAUGGUCAAUGAUCCUUGCCUCGAUGUAAAAGUGGUCAAUCUGAGAACCCUGAAGUUAAUGCAGAAAGGUCAAAUGCUCAGCUUGACACAGGAGUUGGUAUGGGGAAAUUAG